CAGUGCAGAUCAGACUCACUCUACACAGAGAGAUCUACAGCACUGAGAUCUACAGCCAUGACUCCUGCAAUCACUUCAGCACCUUCCAUCUCAAAGGAGCUCCUCCCUCUCAACAACAAGCUGAGAAAGCCAGUGGUGGAGAAGAUGCGCAGAGAUCGCAUCAACAGCAGCAUUGAGCAGCUCAAGACUCUCCUGACUCCAGAGUUCCUCAACCAGCAGCCCGACUCCAAGCUGGAGAAAGCAGAUAUCCUGGAGAUGACAGUCAGCUUCCUCAGACGACAGCAGCAGAAGCAGCAGCAGCAGCAGCCUGCAUUCUCCUCCAGAUCAGCAGCUGUCAAUCAAGGCUUCUCCAGAUGUGUCCAUGAGCUUCUGCACUUCCUGUCCAAAGAUGAGGUGAAGACACAGUCUCAGAGAAAACUGAUGAACCACGUCCUGCAGAACCUGCAGCCGUCAGCAGAUCAGAAAUGGAGGGAAAGUGUUCUCCCUCAAGAGCAGCAGAACAUCAUCAGCAAAGAGAAGAGCGCCCUCUGGAGGCCCUGGUAGAUUCCUUCAGAAUCAGAUGAACUACAAAAGCAGAACAGAAGGGACUACAAAUGUCUAGAUUAGAUGUUUGUGGUGAAGUUUUGUAUUUAUUGCUUUGUAUCAAAGACUGUUUUAAAGCUUGUUUCUCUUGUGGAGAAAUUUGCGUUCUUAUUUAUUUUUUAAUUCUCUGGAAGUUUUGGUAGAUGCCUUCAGAAUUAAAUAAUUAUUAGGAGGCAAAAUACUGAAUGUCUUCUGAUCAAAACAUUUUAAAAGUCUAUGUUAGACUUUUGCUUUGCUGUUAUUUUUACAGUUUAUUUUCCCUGUGGAGAAUUAUGGGUUUUUAUUGAUGAAAAUUUCUUCAGCUUUAAUGAGAAUUUCAUGUGAAUCACAUGUGAACUACUGAUAACUGCCUACAGCAGAUCCUAAUUUACCUUCUAAGAAGAUAAAAUAUAUUACCAAUCAUAGAUUACUAUGAUAUCAGACUUUCUUUCAGUUUGAAACUUGACUUUAAUUGAUUUGACCAGUUUUAUGCCGUAUAAUUUGUUCAUUAUAUGAAUAUUGAUAUUUUUUCUAUAUUAGAGAUUUUACUCAUCCUCUAUGAGGAUAUGUUUCUAUACAAAUGUUUUAGUUAAACCUGAUCUAUAAUUUACAGAAUUCUAAUGUUGUGAUAUAUUAUCACUAAACGUAUCAAUUUCAGUUCAUAUGAAGAUUUCUGAAUGUGUCUUUUAUAAAGACGAUGUUGUUAAAGUGUGUUAAUCUGACUGUGCUCUGCAUGCUGCAGAAUUCACAUCUAACAUUCCUUUAGAUAUUCUCAUAUUGAGAAAGUUUUAUAGAGUUUGAAUUUUUUUUCUCUAAGUUUGUGUGUUUUUGUCUUUUAUAAAGACAGUUUUGUUAAACCUGAUCUGUAAUUUACAGAAUUCUAAUGUUGUGAUAUAUUAUCACUAACGUAUCAAUUUCAGUUUAUAUGAAGAUUUCUGAAUGGGUCUUUUAUAAAGACUAUUUUACUUUAUGUUGUUAAACUAUGUUCUCUGUAUUGAAGAAUUUGUGUUUAUUUUUCUUUUGUAAAGAAAACUUUGUGAAUCAUGUUCUCUGCAUGUUGCAGAAUCUGAAUACUGUUAUAUAUUAUAACACGAUAUAUAAAUCUAUCAGAAAAUAAAGUAAUAAUUUUACUACA